AUGGGUGCUGCAUCGAAGACCUGUUCGGUGAUCCUCCGUGUUUGCCAACUCAUUGCGGCUGCUAUCGUCGCCGGCAUGUUAGGACGAUAUCUGCACUUUAUAGCCACUGCCCAUGCCAACGCAGGUUCUCGGAUCAUCUACGCUGAGGUAAUCGCUGGCAUUAGCAUAUUCGUCUCGAUCGUCCUUUUACCUCCGCUAAAGUACUCCUUCUACUGUUUCGCUCUCGACUUUACCCUCUGGCUCACUGUAUCCGGUGGAUGCGAAUCACAUUGGUAUUGGAACACUUGGGGAUACUAUUGGGGCAGGUAUUGGUAUACAGUCCCACGAGUCUCAAUUACUCAAUCUGCCAUCGGAACAACAGGAUGCUCAGAGUGGCGGACUACUCUCGCCUUCAGUUUCCUUGGCGGUUGGGCCUGGUUUAUCAGCGGGAUACUUGGAAUAUACGUAUGCACAAAAGCUUCAGAUAUGAGGUCCUCCGAUAGUGAGGUGGGAAUCGUCCCUCGAAUGACACGUCGGUGGCGCAAGCCUAAGAAUGAUGCUGGGCAUGCCAAAGAGACUACUGAAUCCGCCCCUCAAUCUGUUGGGAUCCAGGAACCCCAUUAA